GAAUGAAGGGUGAUUCAAGGACGAAUCACCGUGCAACCGCGAGCUGCCGCGUGCUCCGUGGAGGCUCGAAAUUUCCACAUCCAGUCGAAGCACCUGUCGCCCACCCUCACUUGACUCUCACGCGCCACGAUCGCGCCAGCUAAAGUCGGCGCCCCUCCCCCUCCCCAUUGCCCAUCCACACCGCCGCGAUGCCUCCCCUGCUCCUCCUCCUCGCCGUCCUGCUCCUCUCCUCCACGGCCAACGGCUACCCGUCUACCUGCAGCAAUGCCACCUGCGGCGACCUGACCAUCGCCUACCCGUUCUGGCUCAACUCGUCCUCACCAUCCAGCUGCGGCUACCGCGGCCUCGGCCUCGCCUGCGAGGGCAACACCACCCUGAUCCUCCCCGCCCAGUCCCACCACCGGUACAGAGUCUCCUACAUCGACUACGACACGCGCUCCGUCUUCCUCGUCGACGACGCCGAGGCCGAGGCCCUCAACACAACCACCUGCCCGCACCUCCACUUCAACUUCACCAUCGACGCCAGCUCCGCGCUGCACCUCACCCGCUCCGACUCCAACAUCACCUUCUUCUACAACUGCAAGAGGAACGCCUCGUCGCCCUCCGCCGUGGAACUGACCGGCUGUCCGGACUACAACGGGAGCUCGUACGCGUUCACCGGCGAUGGCUACACGGGCGCAGCGGACGAGUACGGGUGCGAGGCGGCGGUGGUGGCGCCGGUGCUGGACGCUCAUAAGAAGGCCAUGGUGGAGGCGCCCCCCGCGUCAAGAUACGUUGAGGUGCUCAAGGGCGGGUUCGAGCUGAACUACAGCCCGCACUCCGUGCAGUGCGGCGCGUGCGAGCGCUCCGGCGGAUGGUGCGGCUACCGGCACAACCAGACGCACGGCGGGCCGGGCGUGGUGGGCUUCGCCUGCUUCUGCGACGGCGGGCCCACGGAUGAUCAGUGCGGUGUUGCAGUAGAGGGGAUGAAAGUUGUCCUCGGCUUCAACGACACACAUGGGGCAUAGAUCAUGGACCUCGAGACCCAUGUUAUGCUUAUUCUGCCAGGUUGGUAAUGAAUUCGUUGCAACCUUCCAAGAGAAAUUGCGGAUUGUUGGAGGUUUGUCGUACGACGAGAUCAAGUGACAACAUGAUCGCCGACAACCAGGCCUAGUGCUUGAUCAUGUUGUAGCGCCCUUGUGAGCAUCAUCAAAAGCGAACUAGUAAGCACUUUUAACAAUAAAAUCCCAUACUUGUCGGGACCCGAACAAGUGUG